AUGGCAUUGACUCCCGACCAGGCCAAAAUCAUCAAGGCCACCGUGCCCAUCCUUGUCGAGCACGGCAUGACCAUCACGACGCGCUUCUACAGCAACAUGCUGCGCGAGAACCCGGAGCUCAACAACGUCUUCAACAAGGCCAACCAGUUCAAUGGACACCAGCCCAAGUCGCUGGCCAUGGCGUUGCACGCCUACGCCAGCAACAUUGACGACCUGGGCGUGCUGAGCCCGACCGUCGAGCUCAUCUGCCAGAAGCACGCCUCGCUGUACAUCCGUCCGGAGCAGUACAACAUUGUCGGCACAUACCUGCUGGCGGCCAUGAAGGAGAUCCUGGGCGACGCGCUGACGCCUGAGAUCCACGACGCGUGGGCGGCGGCCUACUGGCAGCUGGCCAACCUCAUGAUCGGAAAGGAGGAGGAGCUGUACAAGUCGGCUGACGGCUGGACUGACUGGCGCGAGUUCAAGAUCGACCGCAAGGAGAAUGAGUCCGACGAGAUCACGUCUUUCUACCUCGUCCCCGUCGACGGCAAGCCCCUGCCCUCGUUCAAGCCCGGCCAGUACAUCUCCGUCCAGACGGAGGUCCCUGAGUUCGGCCACCUGCAGGCGCGGCAGUACUCGCUCAGCGAGGCGCCCCGCUCCGACUACUACCGCAUCAGCGUCAAGAGAGAGGACGGGCUCAACAUGAAGGACCCGACCGCGGUCGCGCACCCCGGCUACAUCUCGAACCUGCUGCACAAGAACAAGCAAGUGGGCGACGUGCUGGGGGUGUCACACCCGUUCGGCGACUUCUUCUACGAAAGCGCGGCGACGCCCGCCUCGGCGCCCAUCGUGUUCCUCUCGGCAGGCGUGGGCCUGACCUGCCUCCUCUCGAUCUUCAACUCGCUGUCCGCGGGCGAGAAAGCCAGCCACCCGAUCACAUGGGUGCAGGCGUCGCGGACGACGGGCGCGCGCGCCUUCGCCGACCACGUCCGCAGCGCUGCUAAGCAGAGCCCUGGCGUCGUCAAGCCCGUCUUCUUCGUGUCGCAGCCCGUCGACGGCGAGACUGAGGGCAAGCAGUUCGACUUCCGGGGCCGUCUGGAUCUGGCCCGCUUGGAUAAGGACGCGCAUCUCUUCGUUGGCGUCAAGGAGACGCAGUACUUUGUCUGCGGCCCUGCGCAGUUCAUGGUCGAUAUGCAGAAGGGGCUGAAGAGCUUGGGCGUCGACGAGAGCAGGGUCCACUUGGAGCUGUUUGGCACUGGUGGCGUGCCUAAGGCUUGA